CUGUAUAUAUAUGUUUUUUUUUAAGAAUCUUUGAAAUAUACUUUGAAAGAAAUAUGAAGUUAAAAAUUUAUAAAGAAAUUGAAAGUGAUAUCAUUAAAAUGCCAAUGAAGAAAGAGAAAUGUUUGAAUUAUUUGCAAGAUAAAUAUAAUACUGUUAGCAAGGAUACAUUAAUUAGCAUUUAUGCUCAGCUUAAUCAACGAAAAAUUAAAAAGAAUUUCAAAAAACAUCAUCGUAGAGAUUCGGUAGCAAGAUAUUAUCAACAAUAUUGCACUGCAUCAAAAAGCAGUGAAUGUGAAGGAUUUUUAUGCAGACAAGCUGAUGCAGUUGAUUUUCCACCAACAUUAUUUGCCAGAAUAAUAUUAGAAGAAUAUGCUAAAAGAAACGAUUUCUUAGAGAUGGGUAUUGUCCCAAAAGGUUAUGUUUCAAAGUGGAUAAAAGACCCUAGCCAAAUAGAAGAUAAAACUUUGUCCCAGGAAUUAAAAUUGUGUAUUCAAAAUGAUGACUUUUGUGGACCAAUAAUCGAAAACAUCAAACGAGAAACUGGUUUAAAAUACGAGAAAAUAUUACAUGAUAUAUUGACUGCAAAAGGAAUACCUUAUUAUGAUGAAGAGAUUUUACGUAAGGAAGGAUACGAUAAAACGCCAGAUUUUAAGUUAGUUGUGCCAAUCGUGUUAAACAACUAUGUUGUAAAUUGGAUUGAAAGUAAAGCAUCUUUCGGAGAUGAGGAAUCCCAUGCUGGUUAUCUGCAGAAUCAAUUUUGGAGUUACACAAAUCGAUUUGGACCUGGUUUGGUUAUUUAUUGGUUUGGUUUUAUUGAUGAAUUAAAUAUAAACAUGGAACGUGGGAUUUUGUUAGAUGAUAAAUUUCCACAAGACAUUUUAAGACUAGAAACUUUGUUAGAUGAUCAUGAAAAAAGUUUUUGUUUAACUUUUUGAGAACAAACUUUUGUGUUUUUUUAGCCUAGAGAUAAAUGAAUACACAAAGUUAUUUAAACUAAUGGUUCUUAAUUCUGAAAAAUCUAGUUUUAAAGAAAUAAAUUGCUAUUUCUGUGAUUUUUUUUACACUUUAAGAUUUUUAAUUAUACCUAAGUUAUACCUACCUUUUAUUUUUAUAUAAACAUCUUAACCGUAAAAAGUAGGUUAAAAAUGAUUUCAGCUUGUCUUAUCGUGUCACAUGUAAUGGUAUAUUCAUUCCUGAUGCUUAUCCUAUCGAAGGUCCCAAUACUGUAUUUGUAGAAAGUGUAUUUUGAAAAAGCUACAUCAAAUUACCAGUUGAGACAGUAAUAGUAAAAUUGAACUAAAUUUUAUAUGUAGUGCAUAUGAUAAUGAGUUUUUCUACUCCUGAGCAAAAACAACCAUCACAGAAGAGAUUCACUCCAUACAAUAACAGACGUAAAAGCAGUUCCGGUUGUUUUGCUCCAUUUAAAUCCCCAGGUGCUAAAGCAACAGGUAAUUCAAAGGAAAGCGAUUCUGACGCAAACAAGGUUGAACUAGCACGCGAAGUUUUGGCGCUGCAUAAACAAAUUGAAGAAAAA